CUAGGAGCAGUAUCUGUGGGUCAAAGGGAAUGAACAUUUUAGUCUCUUCUUUAGCCUAAUAUAAAAUCAUCUCCCUGAAUUGUUGGCCUAAUUUGUAGCUCCAACAAUAUAAAUUAGUAUGCUUGCUUUUUUACAGCCUUCCAACAUUAGCAAUUCCCAACUUUUAUCAUCUUUGUCAGUUUGCUUGUUGUGAAGUAAAAUAUAGAUAGAAUAAUGUGAAAUGCCUCAGUUUUUGAGUCAGAAAAUCAGGGUUUGAGUCUGGGUAUAAUUCUACCCCUACUUUUUGAACUGUUUUAAGUCAUACCUUUAUGUUAAGAAUUGGCCCCAUCAGUUUUAACACCUAUUUUUUAUGAAUCAGACCAUCAGGCAGAGCUGGUGGUCUAAAUGUUGACUUCCAUUUAAGUGAUAUUAUUGGAGGGACUUGACUUAAAAGGCCAUUUACUGACCUUUUAGUAGGGUCUGAAAUUACUAGCAUGAAUGGCUAUGUUAUAAAGACCUUCUUGAGGAUACUCAUAUUAAUUGGUAUAUUCUGCUAACUUGAAUGUUAACACACUACUUUAUCUGAUUAAAUUACUUUGUUGUUGUUGUUGUUGUUACAGAUUAGAAAUCUGUGAUUGUGACUGACUGCACAACUCAGGCUCCUUUCCAUUUUAAAGGGAACAACCAAGAUGCUUUUUAAUCAGAAGAGGAAUGAUGCUGUUCCAUCCUGAUGCCUUUUUUCUUCUUCUGAGGAAAACUUGCUGGUUGGGCCACUUCCUUGGAUGAGAUACUGGAGAAACUGAAAGCUGGUGAUUUAGAAAUCUAAACCUCUGCUGGCAGUGAGGAGCCCCAAAUGGAGGGAUCUACCUGAUCUUCCUUUAUCGCCUGCACUAUACUGAGAAGGCUAUGAUGAGAGAUGAUGUGAGGACCAGGAAGGGUUGCUCAGUUAAUUGUCUCAGCCUCACAGCCCAGCCAGAGCCAAAGGGGAGAGGGUCUGUCUGGCUGUGCCUGAAGGGAAGACAUUGAAUGAUUGAUGAGAGAUGAAUGAAAGAAGCUCAAGCACCUCCAGAUACACGUUCCCUGUGAUCUAGCCCAGGGAAGUCCUCCUGUGGGGCCCCAGCAUUGUGGGAUGCCCCAGUGGGGGUGUUGCUUAUACUGAACGCAUGGCAGGUCCUUGAAUGAUGAUGGUACGCCGGGGACUGCUUGCCUGGAUUUCUCGGGUGGUCCUUUUGCUCCUCCUUUUGUGUUGUGCUGUCUCAGUCCUCUACAUGUUAGCCUGCACCCCAAAAGGUGAUGAGGAACAAUUGGCUUUGCCCAGAGCAAAUGGCCCCACUGGGAAAGCAGGCUACCAGGCUAUUCUUCAGGAGCAAGAGGAACAGCAUCGCAGUUACAUUAGCAGCCUGAAGAAACAAAUAGCCCAACUGAAGGACGAGCUUCAGGAAAGGAGCGAACAGCUAAAGAAUGCACAGUCCCGCUCUGGCGACUCGGGGGGUCAUCCGGAGAAAACCCAGGCGGACCUCCUAGAGUUCUUGCACUCCCAGGUGGAUAAGGCUGAGGUGCAUGCUGGUGUGAAACUGGCCACCGAAUAUGCAGCGGUCCCUUUUGACAGCUUCACCUUGCAGAAGGUGUAUCAGCUGGAGAUGGGUCUCACGCGACACCCAGAGGAGAAGCCCGUGAGGAAGGACAAGCGAGAUGAGUUGGUUGAAGCUAUUGAGUUGGCUCUUGAGACUCUGAACCACCCUGAAGAGGAGAGCAACUCAAAUCAUCGCCCUUAUGCAGCCUCUGAUUUUAUAGAAGGGAUUUACAGAACAGAAAAGGAUAAAGGGACUUUGUACGAGCUCACGUUCAAAGGGGACCAAAAACAUGAAUUCAAACGACUUGUCUUGUUCCGACCAUUUGGCCCCAUCAUGAAAGUAAAAAAUGAAAAACUCAACAUGGCCAACACACUUAUCAACGUUAUCGUGCCCCUGGCAAAGAGGGUGGACAAGUUCCGACAGUUCAUGCAGAACUUCAGGGAGAUGUGCAUCCAACAAGAUGGGAGAGUUCACCUCACUGUGGUUUACUUUGGGAAGGAACAAAUGAGUGAAGUCAAAGGAAUACUGGAGAAUACUUCCAAGGCUGCCAACUUCAAAAAUUUUACAUUUAUCCAGCUGAGUGGUGAGUUCUCGAGAGGCAAGGGACUUGAUGUCGGUGCACGGGUUUGGAAAGGAAGCAACGUUCUCCUCUUUUUCUGUGAUGUCGACAUCUACUUUACCUCUGAAUUCCUCAAUACGUGUAGGCUGAACACACAACCAGGGAAAAAAGUGUUUUAUCCAGUCCUUUUCAGUCAGUACAAUCCUGGAAUAAUUUAUGGUCAUCAUGAUUCAGUUCCACCCUUAGAACAACAACUGGUUAUAAAAAAGGAAACUGGAUUUUGGAGAGACUUUGGAUUUGGAAUGACUUGUCAGUACCGGUCAGACUUCAUCAAUAUAGGUGGAUUUGACCUGGACAUCAAAGGCUGGGGAGGGGAAGAUGUGCACCUGUACCGCAAAUACCUGCAUAGCAACCUCAUUGUGGUUCGGACUCCUGUGCGGGGGCUUUUCCACCUCUGGCACGAGAAGCAGUGUGUGGAUGAGCUGACCCCUGAACAGUAUAAGAUGUGCAUGCAAUCCAAGGCCAUGAAUGAGGCAUCCCAUGGGCAGCUGGGGAUGCUCGUCUUCAGGCACGAGAUCGAAGCCCACCUGCGCAAACAGAAGACGAGUAGCCAGAAGACAUGACGUCCUCCAGGAGGCUGUUCUCUUCUCUUAGAGAUUUAUGGGAAACAAUCACUGUUGCCCAGGAGGAGGCUAUGGUGAAAGAUGGGGAAAAAGCAUCCAGUUAAUUGGGGGUUAGAGGAGAAUGACUGUAACCUCUCUCUGCCUGCACGAAGUUUAAGAAGCCUCCAUUAGUUGCUAUGGUUCACUUGACAGUGUCUGACAAAGGCAGAGAUGAUUGUGAGGUUCAAAGCAGAUGAAGGCAGAAGAGUGUUCUGAUUACUGACUGUGUGUCCUUUUCAGGGAGAUGAGAGCUGUUGUUUUCUAAAUUCAAGGCUAAUAAUGUCUUUGACUUAGACUGAGAGGCAUUCGCUUUUAUUUCUACGGGGAGGAACAUCUCAAUUCAGACUCUUAAGACUUAAAAAGCUGUGAGAUCAAAAGGCUGGCAGGGUGGGGGGGGUAUGAAAUUUGGAACUUCGCUGCAUUCACUAAUCAAAACCAAAAUGAACCAAAAAUUAAAAGCCAUACACAUAUAUUUUAUCACUUUCUUCUAAGAUUAACCAGAAUUAAUCUGUCCAUCUGUUGGGUAGUAAUUCUUAACUGAUUCCAUUUGUUUAUUUUAUUUAAAAGUGAGCUUUUAUUUUUUUUUUUGCUUGUGCUUUAUAUUCUGCUUAUUUAAAUGUCAUUUUGCAAGCCUUACUGAGAGAGAGCACAACUUCCUGUAUAUUUUAAUGGGUUUUUUUUUCAGAAGGCAUUUUUAGAUACAUUAUGUGAAUAUUCAGAAGUUCAUAACAUACAACUCAAGAACUACAUGAAAGCAGAUGCCAAAGGAUGGAUGCAUCCUGUCAGGCAGGCACUGGGCUCUAAACAGUUUAGUAAUGUGAAAUGCACAGCUUGGGGCUAUUGAUAAGCAAGAGACAUAUUGAUAUGACUAUCUGGAGAGAACUCCUGAGAGGGAAAAAUUGAACACUACAAAGGAAGGAAAAUUUUUUUUUCACCUUGAUACAAAGGCAAGGUGGGGAAGGCUAUUGAUGGAGGCUGGGGAUUUCUUGGUACAUUCUGAACUCUUCAUACACAUUUUUCCUCAGGAAAACUGGGGACCACUUCAAAUAAACCAAAGCAAGCUGUGUGAACCAAACAAUCUCUUUUCAAAAGCAGGGUGCUCUUCCUGGCUUCUGGCCUUCUUGAGUUAAAGUGCAGAAAAAUAUAUUUUUGUGAAUAAUCAAUGAGAUUCUCUCAAGGAAUGGAACCAAUUCUUGUGCAUCUCCUCAUCCUUGUCACUCUGGACACAGGUAAAUGAGCCCUCUUUUUUCAUCAACAGUUUGUAUACUUUGGGCACCGGGACACUUCUGAAAAUUGUCUUAUUACUGUUUCAAAUUGUUGUUUUAAUAUGGCCAGUUUUAUGUGGUUUCUGCAUCUCAUUUUAAGUUGGUUGAGUCAUUAGCCAACAACAGAUGUGUGGGCCAAGUUACUGAUUUACUUCCCUGCCUUCUGUUUGCCCACUAUGAACUCACGGCUGACAGGCUUCAUGUUCAUUCAAGCUGGUGUUGUGUAAAACAUGAAUUGUAAUGGUCUGUACCAGUAGUUUGUAACAAUUUAAAUAAAAACACAAUACAUGAAUGUUAAUGGCAUUGGACAGCUAAUAAAGGAAGACUUGCAUUGAUGCUGUGCACUCA